AGACCUAAAAGCCCUCCACGGUUUUUUCCCUAUAAAAGUCGCAUUCGAUGGCAGGCUUAACCUUCUUCCGCAUUGCAUCUCAUCCGCGUAUUCUUUAUCUUCCGCGUUUCAGCUAAGUUGCUUCUUUCUUUCUCCUUUCUUUCUGGUUCUCAGUUUUUGUUCAUUUUCUUCUUUUCUGGCUUUAGGCUUUUUUCCGAUCCGAAAUUUUGGUGCUUUUUAAUGGUGGUUUAUUCUCUAGAUUUCUAGCUAAUUUAGGGUUUUCAAAUUGGGAUUUUUUGCCCCGUUUCGUACAAGUUUUAGUCUGUUUUCAUCUCGAUCUGAUAUUAGGUUUCGGAAUCUGGGGAUUUUGAAAGCUUCUUAAAUGAAUCUAGGGCUUUUAUGACAUACGCUAUCCUCAUGCGUCGAAUCCGUUUACUCCACUCGUUCUCGGUUGUGUUUCUUUACUGGUUCUACGUUUUCUCAUGAACUAAUCGUUCACAAUUUCCGAUCUCGUUUCCAACAUUCUCAAUUUCUAAUCCCCAAAUUUUCUAAUCUCAUUCUAAUCGUAGAUUUUUAAUUACCUAUCCUUUAAUUUAUUGUUCUAGAACCCCAUUCAAUUAGUUUUUUGAAAAAAAAAAAAAAUGGCUUCCAUGCAACGACCGACGAGUUCUGGGUCCGACGGGUCCGCUGCGUCGAUCGACGAGAGGAAGAGGAAAAGAAUGCUGUCAAACCGCGAAUCGGCUCGGCGAUCGAGGAUGAGGAAGCAGAAGCAAUUGGAGGACCUGACAAGCGAAGUUAGCCAAUUGGAAAUCGCAAACAAUCAGCUUCGGCAGAGCAUCAAUGCCAAGGAACAGACAUUCAUUCACGUUGAAUCAGCAAACAAUGUGCUCAGGGCUCAAGCCAUGGAACUGACCGAUCGCCUGCGGUCCCUGAACUCGGUGCUUCAGAUCGUUGAAGACGUUAGUGGCUUGAUGGUAGACAUCCCUGAGAUUCCUGAGAUUGCUGAUCCUCUUCUGAAGCCAUGGCAAGUCCCCUAUAGUACACACCCGAUAACGGCGUCUGCUGACAUGUUUCUUCGUUGAUCUGCUUUCUCAAUGUUCCUAAUAAAAGUGGUUCACGAUGAUGUUUGUCUGGUUCAAUGUCCGAGUCCGCUCUAUUUAGCUAAUUGACUAGUGUUUUCUUAUUACUAUUUUUUUUCCUUUCCUAGUUUUUGUGGUGUGUUAAGUUUGUUUUGCUUUCAUGGUGUUAGGUUAUUAAGUUUGCUUUGUGUAAUGUACAGAGAUGGUGCUUUUAUAAAAAGGAUGUUCGUUUUUAAUGGAUGCAUUGCAGGAGUAUUAGUUAUAUGAAUACAAAUGAGUGAUCUGGUUGUUUUUGGA